GGUCUUUCGGGUUCGGGAAGUCGAGUCACCGAGUGGGCCAGUGGGCAACAGCCAACAAUGGCGACCUUUCUGCGGAGGACGGUACGGUUCGCUGAGAAAUUCGCCUUGCAGCGGCACUUGAAGGUCAAUCAAGAUGUGCUGGGUGGCUGGCAUCAGCGCAGAAACCUUAACCUGCACGAGAAUGUCAGCAUGCAGCUCCUUCAAGACAACGGAGUCAACGUGCCCAAGUUCGGGGUCGCAUCCACGCCCGAUGAGGCUGAGGAGAUUGCCCAGCGGCUAGGUGCCUCCGACGUUGUGAUUAAGGCAUUGGUCCUGGCUGGAGGUCGUGGCAAGGGCACCUUCGACAGUGGUCUCAAAGGCGGCGUUAAAAUGGUCUUUUCGCCAAGCGAGGCAAAGCAGAUCUCGAGCCAGAUGCUGGGGUACAUGCUGCGCACCAAGCAGACGGGUGAGAAGGGAAUCCGGGUGGACAAGGUCAUGGUGACGGAGCGCCUCUACAACCGUCGGGAGUACUACUUUGCCCUCAUGAUGGAGCGGGAGUUCAACGGUCCCCUGAUCGUGGCCUCGUCUCAAGGCGGCGUGAACAUCGAGGAGGUUGCCAAGGAGAACCCAGAUGCCAUUCUUAAACUACCAAUCAGCAUCGACAGUGGGAUCGACCGGGACGAGACCUCGAAGCUCGUGAAACAGCUCGGAUUCCACCCCAGUGCCGUGGAAGGGGCAGUGACACUAAUUGAGAACCUGUACAACGUGUUCCUCAAGUACGACGCGACGCUCUUGGAGAUCAACCCUCUGGUGGAGGACAAUCAUGGGAAAGUGUACUGCCUGGACGCCAAGUGCCGCUUCGACGACAAUGCGGACUUCCGGCAGAAGGACCUGUUCGCCCUGCGCGACUGGACCCAGCUGGACGAGAGGGAGAGGGAAGCGCACGACUGCAACCUCAACUACAUUGCCUUGGACGGAGACAUUGGCUGCCUCGUUAACGGAGCUGGUCUGGCCAUGGCAACUAUGGACAUCAUCAAGCUACACGGUGGUAGUCCGGCCAACUUCUUGGAUGUUGGAGGCGGAGCCACGGCCCACCAGGUCACGGAGGCCUUUAGGCUGAUCACGUCCGACCAGAAGGUGCAAGCCAUCCUGGUGAACAUCUUCGGCGGCAUCAUGCGAUGCGACGUCAUAGCAGAGGGAGUCAUCCGUGCUGCCGAGACGCUUGAUCUCAAAAUACCAAUCGUCGUCAGGCUCCAAGGGACGCAGGUGGACGAAGCCAAGGCCCUGAUUGCCACCAGCAAGCUUAAGAUCCUGGCCUGUGACAACUUGGACGAGGCCGCCAAGAUGGUGGUGCGUCUCUCGACCAUCGUCGGAUUGGCCCGCUCGGCAGCCGUGGACGUCAAGUUUGAGCUGCCUCUUUAGCGUCAUUCUAACCUAGCCACAGUGGAAGGGGAGGCUACCCCCCAGCACUAUUGUUCAGUGCCACUUAAAUUAUUAUUGACCUCUAAUAGAUGCCCCCAUUGGCGAGGUUGAGUGGACUGGCAGCCAACCCCUCCCUUUGCUGCCACCCGUUUUAAAAAUAUAAGUUACAGAUUUGAGAUGCUUCCGACCACUCCCGCUCCUUGUUCAAUAUUGCAGAAGCAGCCUCCGAUACAUUAGGCUAUGGAAUGUCACACUGUUGUUGGCCACCCUGAAUAAAAUGUAAAUAUGCCACUA